AUGUCGAAUCCAAAGAAUGGUAGCGCGUACGGCGCGCCGGCCGGCGAUACCGACUUUCGAAAGACAUGGGAUCUCGACGAAUACGCGGAAAAAGCCAAAGUGCGCGAAGCCAAGGAGAAGGAAGAGGGAAAGGCGCGUUACGAGGCCAAAAUGGCUGGCAAGAAAUACUACAAACCCAAGACUGGCGACGAGACGUAUACAUCCGCGCGGCGAAAUGUCAUGGACUUCACCGGCCAGGUGGGCAAGACGCAGCUGGUUGGUGCCGGCGCGGGCGUCGGAAAGCGUGGUCGCGGCGCAGGAUUCUACUGUGAGGCCUGCGACCUCACGUUCAAGGAUAAUCUUCAGUACAUUGAGCAUCUCAACACAACACAGCAUCUUUUGAAUGCCGGCCAGACCACCGAAGUCAGACGCGCCACAGUGGAAGAAGUUCGAGACCGAAUCACGUUUUACGUUCAAAAGAGAGAGGAACUAGAGAAGGACAAGGUUACCAGCCUUCAAGAGCGACUCCAAAUACGAGAAGAAGAGAACGAAAAAGAGGCGGAAGAGCGGAGGAAGAAGCGCCGCGACGAAGCGGACAAGAAGAGACUGGAAAAAGAAGAGGCGGCCAAAGUCAAGGUCGAAUAUGGUGAUGAUGUACGAAUAGAGGGAGAGCAUGAGGAAGAGGACAUGAUGGCGCAAAUGGGAUUUGCUGGGUUUGGCACGUCAAAGAAAUAA